GUGGCCUUUCCAGAUGCGACUGCUGUCUCACUAAUGCCGGCUCCAUUAAUUUACUAUCAUCCCUGCGAGGAUUAAGAGAUUGUAGUCGCCAGAGGUCAAACCUUCAAAAUUCAUAAAGGUCAAAGAAAGGAAUACGGGAGGACUACCCGACAUCGGCGGCGGCUCACGGUGGCGUUCUUCUUCAUAGCAGCCCAAAUACAUCUCGUUCCGGCCGGAGUUUUUCCCGAUCCUGUGAAGCCGGGGAAGUGGAUCAGGGGCAGCUUAGCCUCUUAAUAUGGCAAAGCCCAUUGAUUAUUCAAGAACGGAACGAAUUGUAUUGGUAAUAGAUCUUCACCCACUCUUCGUUCUUCAAAACCCUAAGGCCUACUUAACCUCAAUUGUUGCAUCCCUUAAGCGCCUACUGAAUUUUCCUCCUCUACGCAAAUCCCUCUGCGCCUACAGGCUCUUCUUUUCUUCCCUUUCCCCGCUGCGCUCUGCCUCCGUAGUUCACCGCCUUCUUCCCAAUCUAGCCCGGAGUUUUCUUUCCUUUGAUUAUCACUCUCAAACUCUUGAGUUCCUCGUGAGAAUCCUCAAUUCUCUUUCAAUUGAGCCAUUUGCAGCAGAAUUAUCAGGUGGAAAGCCUCUUGCUUUGCAUACAGCUGGGUCAUUGUUACAAUUGGUGCAUGAUUAUUCUUGGGAUGCUGAUUUGGGGACUUUGACAGGAAAAGGUAUUGGCCAUUUCCCACCACUCCGACCUAAUUUGGUUGUUUUGUUUUCGCCUGUUUGUUGCUCGAUUUGUAGCUUAUCUGACUAUGUAAAUGUCGAUGUGAAGUCUCUUGGUUCUUGUGAUCCUGAUGAACUUUUAAAGAAGAUUUGCAAUGUGUUUGGUGAUGUGAAUGAUGCAUUCUCCAGUAGGGAUAUCCAUUUUAGUUGGGUCAAUGUCAAGUAUGAAGAAGAAGGUAAUGGAAAUGAUUUUGGAGCAGAAUUAGGAGUCAUUGAAAAGGGGAUCAGGAAUUUGGGGUUUGGAUUUUGUUCAACUGAUUCUGUUGUACUGGGAUCUGCUCUAAUUCCUUUUAGAUUGAUCUACCCAAACAUUGGUGUUCCAGUGAAUUUUCUGAAUAUUACUGAGUCAUACAAACGCAGUGAUGUGCAGUUGAGCCUUCACAUUUUAGAUAUUAAUGGUAAACCUUUGGAAUGCAACUUCUGUGAUCUUGAAUUGCAUAAUUUGAAGGUGUCCUGUAAUAAAUCCAAUAAUGUAUGGAGUUCCUCAAAUUUUAGAGACCCACUAGGCGGUAGCGAAGCUUUUUGGCAUGGCUUCAGUGAUGGUGCCAUAAAGCUUUGCGUCAAGGCUGUAAAGAGGCCUAAUGAGGUAGAGAAGAUUCCAGGGUCCUCAUCAGACAUCAUUCUGGUGAAAGAGUUAUCUGGGGAAACUAAGGAAAAAAGAAAAAGUUCCAAUGAACUUUUUGCUGAUAGGGUUCUUGAUUUACUAUCAAGAGAAACCAUUGGUGCCUCUAUUUGUAAACCCAUCCCCAUCUGGCAGAUUAUUUUGAGCUUUUUGUGCAGUGAAGGUUACUGGGCCUUGGUCUCCCUCUCAAAUAGUAAUGGAGAUGAAGUUCUCGGUAUUCUCAAGCCUUUCACAUCUCAUUCAGCUCUCCUCUCAAUAUUAAGCAGUGAUCGGGGAAUUCAGGACUGUUAUGCAUCACAUAACGGAAAGAUUGAGAAUCUGUGUGCUGAAGCUAGCAAUUCAAAUGGGUUGGUAGGUUCCCAAACUGAGACUUCAACUUCUGGUGCCUAUGAAGCUGUAUUAGCUGGAAAGAAAAAGAAGGAUAAAAAGCACCUGUCCUACAGCCUCCCUUGGGCCUCUUACUGUAAUGCUGCCUCCGAAUGCACCGAUUUUGACUUAUCGGACAUUUAUUUUGACAGAAAGUUUGAGAAAAACAAGAAGCUUAAAUUCUUGAAAUGCUGGAUGAAGCAGAUUCCAAAGUACAGCCAACAACACCCACAAAUGCUGAGUGGAUUGAAGUCCGCAGGUAACCAAAGCCCAAGAUCUCCCAACUAUUCAUCAGAACAACCUAAAAAGCAGGAGGAAGCUAGGACUUGCUCAUAUUCAGAGACCACAGGACUAUUCUUCAAUAAUAUUUCAGAAAGAGUCCAACUUGGACUUGAGUCUGGGGUGAACGUGCAAACUUUAGCUGAACAACUUGUCAAGUCAUCUACUCUUUGGUUGCUUCAAACUUGUGAAGAAAAUGGAAAUGCUCAUGCCCAAGAUCCAGAACUGGUAGGCAAUCCUCAUAAAUCACUCAGUUCUAAAUUAACAGAUUUACUGCUGAGUGAUCCAAAGGAGAUGCAUUGUGGCAAUGAAUGUGAUUCAUCUUCUAAAUCAUGCAAUCCGACCACAACAACAGAAAUGACUGUUAAAAGAUACGAGCUGCAGAUUUUCCUGCGCAUGGAGAUUUUACGAUCGUUCUUAUCAGCCAGUAUUGAGGAGCCAUUAAAACAGAAGCUUCUGAAGCAAAUUUGCUCAUUCUUAUACAUCAUUCAGUUUUAUAUUGAAGGAGGUUUUCAUGGCAAUGUCAGCCUCUAUGAUUAUGUUGAGCGGAGUAUCAAAGCUAGAUACAUUGACGCACUUGAGGACAUUGUGAAGGAUAUCUACAAUAGAAUGGAUUUGUUGCCGUUUGGUGAUGAGGAUGAGACUGGGGCUUUCCUUUUCAAUAGCGAGGACAGUAGUCAAUCUUGGAGGGAUAAAGAGAAAUGUGACAGGUCUGAAAGCCAAGACGUACAUCAAUCAUUCUCAGUGGAAGAUGAGAAAUGCCAGCAUAGAGAAAUGGUUGAUGAGAGUUCUGAAGGGAUUCCAGAAGAGGAACCUGAGCAUAAAUUAAGUGAAGCGCGUGCAAGACGAGAAAGGGCUCGAAGAUUUAUGUCUUUCACAAGUUGGAUACCUGAUCUGCAAAGAGUUUGGGCACCUAAGCAGCAUAAGGGAGUGAACGGAAAACCUGAUUCACUUCACAAGGAAUCCAAGAGGAAGGAUCGGCAGGUAGGUAGUCGCAGCGUGGUGUACGAGACACCGUUGUCGGGUAGGAAACGUCCAUGCUCUCAAGACGAGGAAAGCAAAGAUCCCGGUAACUUUUCUUAUUCUGUAUCAAAGGCUCUGUUCCAAGAAGAUUAAGGACUGAAAUUCUUUGAGCAGCCUGGCCAUGUGUUCCUAGCAAUAGAGUAUACAGCUUCCCAUCUCUGAAGAAACUCUAAAUUUUACUCUAUGGUCCUAAUUAUACGCAAAUUAGUUCAAAUUUGUUUCUAUUUUAGUUCAAAUGUGUACUUCAUAACUAGGAUCCGAGACAGUAUUAAGGAACAAAUUUGCAGAUUAGAAAGCAAAGAUCCGCUCUCAUUUAGGACUAGGUCACAAUGGAUCUAUGUACAUGAAUUCUUCAUACUGCUUAUAAAAUCAUUGAAAGCUUGUAUCAAUGUAACCAUAGAGUUCUCAAUAAGCUGAAACAGACAACUGUGUGUGAUCUGAACAAAUGUCAAAGAUUCUGUAAGAUUUGUAAUAUCCAUUUAUAAUGGUGUUUGCUUACUUUAUUGGGACCCCAAAUAAAGGUUAGAACAAGUCACCGUCUUCAUCUGCUUUGCUCCUCUUCUCUGUAUCUCUCUCUCUCACACUCUCUGUUUUUUGCUUCUCUCUCUCUUAAUUUAUCAAUGGAUCAUGAAAUUCAUUGUUAAGUUACCGAAAGCUGUUAGAGACCCCCUGCGUCACUCCCGCCAUUUUUCAACUUCAAAAUUCUUAGCAACCAACCCUGUCCACUCGGAGGCUUCCUUGUUCAGUCAAAUUUUAGAUAAAUGUCAGGACAUACAAACCCUGAAAAAACUCCAUUCCAAAAUCAUCUUCGAUCCUUAUUUGAGCUCCAGCACUUCCUUCAAAAUCAAGUUGAUGCGGGCUUAUGCUGCUUGUGGCGAAACCAGAGUUACCCGCCAGAUAUUCGAUAAAAUUCCUGAAAGAACGUCGGCCAUUUUCAACGUCGUGAUCCGAGGAUAUGUCAACAACCAACUUUAUCGUGAAGCUCUUAUUUUGUUUAAGAGUAUGUAUUAUGUCGGGACGAAGCCUGAUAACUAUACAUUUCCAUGUGUUUUAAAAGCUUGUUCGGCCUCUAAUGAUUUGCGAAUGGGGUUGCAAAUUCAUUCCCAAGUCCUCAGGAUGAAUCUUGAGACAAACUUGUAUGUUGGCAACGGUCUAAUAACGAUGUAUGGGAAGUGUGGGAGUUUGGAGUGUGCCCGUCGCGUCCUUGACAAUAUGCCCACCAAAGAUGUUGUUUCUUGGAACUCAAUAAUUGUUGCAUUUGCACAAAAUGGAGGGUUUAAAGGUGCCUUAGAAGUUUGUAGGGAAAUGGAAGCGCUGGGGAUGAAGCCUGAUGCUGCUACCAUGGCUAGCCUUCUGCCUGCUGUUACUAAUACAUCAGCUGAAGAUGUUGCCUUUGUUGAGGGUAUGUUCACGAAGCUUAAAAAUAGAGAAUUAGUUCCUUGGAAUGUGAUGAUUGCCAUGUAUGUUAGUAAUUCUAUGCCUAACAAGGCUGUUGAGCUUUAUUUGGAGAUGGAAGAUCUUGGGAUAGAAGCUGAUGCAAUAACUUUAUCCAGUGUACUCCCAGCUUGUGGAGACCUUUCGGCCAUAAUGAUGGGAAGGCGGAUCCACAAAUAUGCCAUGAGCAAAAGAAUUUUGCCAAAUUUGUCUGUGGAGAACGCCUUAAUUGAUAUGUAUGCCAAGUGUGGAUGUUUGCAGGAGGCUAGGGAAGUGUUUGACAGGAUGCCUCUAAAGGAUGUGGUCUCAUGGACUUCAAUGAUCUGUGCAUAUGGUAAAAUUGGGGAGGGUGCCAAUGCUGUUUCCUUAUUUUCAGACAUGACAAAGGCUCUUACUCCUGAUCCGAUAGCAUUUGUUUCAAUUUUGUCAGCUUGCAGCCAUGCUGGGAUGUGGGAGCAAGGCCGUUCUUUUUACAAUUCAAUGAUAUCCGAUUACAAGGUAAUGCCAAGGUUAGAGCACUUUUCUUGCAUGGUUGAUAUGUUAGGACGUGCAGGAAGAGUGUAUGAGGCCUAUGAUUUCAUCAAGCAGAUGCCAAUGGAACCAAAUCACAAGAUUUGGGGCUCCUUUUUGAGUGCUUGUCGUGUUCACAAUGAAAUGGACAUUGCCCUUGAAGCUGCAGAUUAUCUUCUCCAAAUGGCUCCAAAGCAAUCCGGUUACUAUGUGCUUCUAUCAAACAUCUACGCAAAGGCUGGGAGAUGGGAGAAAGUCACAUCCAUCCGAAAAAUCAUGAAAGGCAGAGGAAUCAAUAAACUUCCUGGAAUCAGUAAUGUGGAGUUGAAUGAUCAGAUUCAUACUUUCCUCGCAGGUGACAAGUCACAUCCCCAAUCAAAGGAGAUCUAUCUAGAGCUAGAUAUAUUACUUGGAAAGAUAAAGGAUGCAGGUUAUGUCCCAGAAAAAGAUGAUGCCCUUCAUGAUGUCGAGGAGGAAGAUAAAGAACAUCACUUAGUUGUUCAUAGCGAGAAGCUGGCUAUUGUAUUUGCUUUAAUGAACACCAAACCCGGGACUCCUAUCAGGAUCACAAAGAAUCUACGUGUCUGUGGAGACUGCCACAAUGCUGCAAAGUUUAUUUCCAAAGUUACUGAACGCGAAAUCAUUGUAAGGGAUAUAAACCGCUUUCAUCGCUUUGAGAAUGGAUUUUGCUCGUGUGGCGAUUAUUGGUGAAACUACGUUAACCUGAAUUAGAUUCUUACAACAUAUACUGAUGUCAUCACCAAACUUAAUGUAUCCUUCUUAUGUAAGAUGAGGGUCGCAGGUUGCAUUAGUGUUUGAGCAGUAGGCUGGAAAGCAGCCGUGAAAGUUACAAAAGGUUUGCUGUAGAACGAUUGCAACAGAAUUACACGUCCAAUUGAUUAAACAUUUUCCUAACUGAUGUUCUAUUUUCAUUUCUGGAGAAUUUCUGAAAUCUUCAUAAGAAAUUUUCAUGGAUUGAUGUUGGAGUAAAGUUCACGGCAAAUCAGUUUAACCAAAAAAGAAGGAACAAAUGCAACCUUAUCCUGGAGGUUCUUUCCUGGACAUUGUUGAUCAAUUUAUCCUUGUCUGCAUUAUCGUGUAACUGUCAAAUGAGAUAGAGACGGAUGUCUAUGUCGAGUCUUAUGUCUAUGAACUAAAAAGAAAUAGCACGUUUUGUACCAGCG